AUGGCGGCGGCGCUGGCGCUGGCGCGGCUCGCGGCGGCCUCGCUGCUCUUCGCGGCCCAGGUGGCCGGCGAGUACGGGAUGCUGCGUGUGGUGUCCCACGGAGACGCUCAGGGCAAGGACUACUGCGUCCUGUACAACCCGCAGUGGGCGCCCCUGCCGCACAGCCUUGGCAAGGCGUCUCUCCUGCAGCUGCACAACUGGACGGGCUCCCUGCUCUGCUCGGCGGCCGACCUCCCCGCCGGCGGCUUCCGCAGCCGGCUCCCGCUGGUGGCGCGCGGCAACUGCACCUUCUACGAGAAAGUGCGGCUGGCGCAGGGCGGCGGGGCGCGCGGGCUGCUCGUCGUCAGCAGGGAGAAACUGGUGCCCCCCGGGGGCAACAAGACCCAGUACGAGGAGAUUGGCAUCCCCGUGGCCCUGCUCAGCCAUGACGACGCGCUGGACAUCUUUGGGCGGUUCGGCAGUGCGGCGAGGGCGGCGCUGUACGCCCCCAAGGAGCCGGCUGACUACAACCUGGUCAUCAUCUUCAUCAUGGCCGUGGGCACCGUCGCCCUCGGGGGCUACUGGGCCGGGAGCCGGGACGUGAAGAGAAGGUACCUGAAGCAGAAGCGCGACGAGGGCGCCGAGAAGCGGGAGGACACGGCGGUGGACGUGACGCCGGUCAUGAUCUGCGUGUUCGUGUUCACCUGCUGCUCCAUGCUGGUGCUGCUCUACUACUUCUACGACCAGCUCGUCUACGUCAUCAUUGGGAUCUUCUGCCUGGCCUCGGCCACCGGCCUCUACAGCUGCCUGGCGCCCCUGGUCCGCAAGCUGCCGUUCUGCGCGUGCAGGGUCCCCUACCUGCACAAGCGCCCGCAGGCCCGCAUGCUGCUCCUGGCGCUGCUGUGCGUCGCCGUCAGCGUGGUGUGGGCCGUCUUCAGGAACGACGACCGGUGGGCCUGGGUGCUGCAGGGCCUGGGCAUUGCCUUCUGCCUGUACAUGCUGAGGACCAUCCGCCUCCCCACGUUCAAGUCCUGCACGUUGCUGCUGCUGGUGCUCUUCCUCUACGACGUCUUCUUUGUCUUCGUCACACCUUUCCUGACCAAGAGUGGGAACAGCAUCAUGGUGGAAGUGGCCACGGGGCCUGCGGACUCGGCCACGCACGAGAAGCUGCCCAUGGUCCUGAAGGUGCCCCGGCUCAACGCCUCGCCGCUGGCCCUGUGUGACCGGCCCUUCUCCCUGCUGGGCUUCGGGGACAUCCUGGUGCCAGGGCUGCUGGUCGCCUACUGCCACAGGUUUGACGUCCAGGCACAGGCAUCCAGAGUCUACUUCGUGGCCUGCACCAUCGCCUACGGCCUGGGCCUCCUGGUGACGUUCCUGGCGCUGGUGCUGAUGCAGCGCGGCCAGCCGGCACUCCUCUACCUGGUGCCCUGCACGCUGGGCACGAGCUGCGCCGUGGCGCUCUGGCGCCGGGAGAUGGGCGCCUUCUGGAGCGGCAGCGGCUUUGCGGUGAAUACCGGUUUGCUAUGA